AUGGCUGGACCGGAUAAUCCAACCGAUGUUCGACUGGAAUUCAUUGGAUCGAUAGUCCAGAAGUCGCUGAAACUAAAACCGGAAAAAUGGGGACGAUUAUUGAUGACUGAGGAAUAUCGAAAUUGUGUUUUGGAUUUUUUGGACAAUCCGGUUCCUGCGGCACUUUUUGUUGUUCUUACACCAAAUGCUCAACUGGUGCCAUCUUGCGGAUUUCCAAUUCCCGGCCAGAGGACCAAAGGCAUUUACACAAUAAAAGUAAGGCUAUGUGCAGUACCAAACGACAAAAAUGGCUGUUCUUCAAUGCUCAUCACCGGUGACUUGUCUCACCGAGUGGUCGACGAGCUCGCCACUCUUGUGGACAAUAUUUUCUCACCACUUCUGAGCAAACAGGAAAACCACAAAGACCUGCCGGAAGUGGCCGUUGAAGACAUCAACAGUCACGUUUAUUCCUUGAGAGGAACGCUCUAUCAGGUGAAGGGUCAGGUGAACGGAAGAACCGUGCUCCCGAUGCCAGCGGGUCUCGAGAAGGUGUCAGAAGUAGAAAGAUUGGUAACAACCGAAGGACCACAGGCGGUCGACCUUCAUCUCAAAAGUUCAAUAGAGGGCGUCGUCAUUAAAUGGGCUUAUUUGGUCAAUGAUGUCGUCACUCACGAGUCCAGUUUUGCUUUCGAAAAUGGACAGAAUCCUACUCCUGAUGUUGAAAUAGAAUUUUGGACCAAAAGAUUAGCUAACUUAAGAUAUAUUUUUGACCAAUUGCGAGAGGAGCGAGUGAAAAAAAUGGCAAUUAUUUUGGAAAAAACCGAAAGCGCCUAUUUCCCUUGCUUUCGAACCCUUUUUGGAAACGUGGUAGCAUCUUUGGCAGAAGCUAAAGAGUUAGCUCUCUACUUGUCCCCGUUGGGAAAAUUUUUUAAGACAAUCGAAGAAUCAGAUUUUUCUGAAGCAAAACCCUUAAUGGGAAUUAUUAUACAUGUUGUGGGACUAGCCUGGGCAAAAACAAAAUAUUACCAAAAUUCUACGAAACUAAUUAUUCUGAUGAGGCAAAUUUGCAAUCUGUUGAUUCAGGAAGCUCGGAAGUUUCUCGAUCCAACAUUAAUUUUUCAGAGUGAUGUUGAUGAGGCUCUGCAAAGGGUUCAAGUCUGUCGAGAUGUUUUAGAAGAAUUCAAAAGGCAGUUUGAAUUUCGCAAACAAACACCUGGCAUGAAACCGGAAGCACCUCCUUGGACUUUUGAUCCAAAAGCAGUUUUUAAACGUUUGGAUGCUUUUCUGAAGCGAUUAGCGAAUAUAGAGUGGCUUUUUGAUACAGUUUUAGAAUUUUCGAAAUUGGAAAAAAUAGAAGUUGGUGGAAUUUCGGGCAGAUCACUCAGUGCAAGGAUUGUUGGUGUUUUUAAAGAAUUUCAGCAAAUUUUCAGUUCUUUUACGACAAGGUCUACUGAUGUCCUGGAACCGGAUGAUGAAUCUUUUGCGGUGGACUGCGAAAAAUUUAGUGAUUCGAUUGCUGAUUUGGAUAGCAAAUUGGCAUCUAUUCUUUGUCAAGCGUUUGACGACUGUCACAAUUUAGAAAGUGCCUUCAAGUUGAUCAACAUUGCUGGAACAGUUUUAGAACGUCCAGUAAUUUGUAAGCAGUUCACGAAUCGCUAUUCUCGUAUCCUGGAACUGUUAAGGAACGAGCUGACCAUGGCCGAGGUCCUGUUUAAUCUGGGAUCUCGAGGAGCCAUGAGUAACCUUCCCCCGUUGGCUGCUGCUUUACAAUUUACGAGCAUGCUGAGGCAGCGAAUCGAUCACCCUGUCCAAGCUUUCAAAUCUCUCCAACAUCCAAUUGUAGAAAGUGAAGAUGGAAAAAACAUAAUUGCACGAUAUGAGAGGCUUAGAAAAUUACUAAGUGACAAGGAGGAGUCACUUUUUGGUGAUUGGACUAAAAUUGUUCCAAAACUUGUUGACAAGGGUUUAAGUCGUUCUUUGCUGUCAAGAGAUCAAGUUUCUGUUCUGAAUCUGAAUUUCGAUCCUGAUUUACUUGCAAUUUUGAAGGAAGUAAAUUAUUUAAAGCUGAUGUCUCAUAUGGAAAUCCCUAAAGUAGCCUUAGAGGUAGCAGAAACAGAAGAAACUUUCAGAAACUACCGUAUCUUAUUAGGAAGCACAGUCACUUCCUACAACAACAUUCGCAAGACAUCCCGCAGAGUUGAGUUCAAACUCAUCGAGCUCGAGGUCGCGAAAGUAGAUUCCCUCAUAUCAAGAGGUGAAAAUGAAUUAUGCUGGAAAUCAGAAGGCCUCAGUGAUUAUAUAACGGAAUUAGGCUCCCUGGUGGACAGUGUCUGGAGGCGAGUAAAAUCAAGUCAGAUUAAUGUAGAAAAGAUCAAAGCGAUAUUCGAGCCCUGGAUGAAGACCCCUCUAAUUGAAAGGAAAGAUCGUCGGAAGGACUCGCUUCUGUCUCUUGAUGAAAGAACAGAAAAAGUCUCGAAACGAUACAAAGAAAUAAAGAAAGCAGCUGAACAGAUUCACUCAAUUUUGUCUGAGAACCAAGAUUACUUCGAGAUUACUGAUAGAGAAAACGAAGCUUGGAAAGAGUAUGUCCAGUUCGUUGACGAGAUGGUGAUAGAGUCUCUCAGAAGAACUGUAGGUUGCAGUCUAAGUUAUCUGGUGGAAAACAUGGAUCCAGUGGGUCAAAAGGAACCAUUGCUGGAGGCUCGCUUGGAACUUCGAGAACCUGAUCUUUACUAUGUGCCAUCCCUGGAACAGGAUGAUCCUGAUGGAUUGGAUCAACUAGUUUCUGGGUUAUUGACUGAUAUUAUUGGAAUGGCUGCUCUUGUCCCAAGGCUUAACGAUAGCAAAGGUUAUGCUGCUGAAUUGGAAGAGGAUGAGGAUAUUAAGGCUAUGAAAGCGGAGAUACUAAUUGGGAUGAAUAGAGCAAUUGAGGAAGCUACUGAGUUUUGUGGAGUUUUUGAAGGAUAUGCAUAUUUGUGGUUGGAGGAUAGAGAGAUAGUGAUGCAACAAUUUCUUGAGUAUUCACGACAACUGACACUUGAUGAGAUGGAAAUGAUAGCAGCUUUAGACCCAAAAUCACCUGAGAAGUGUCAACCUAAGAUGGAGAAUUUUAGGGAGCAGAUUGAUCUUUAUGAGGGGCUUUAUCUUGAAAUUGAGGAAAUGGAACCGGCGAAGGUCUUUUGUGGGUGGUUUAGGGUGGAUUUGCGUCCUUUUAAGCAAUCUUUGCUCAAUACAGUUUGCAAGUGGUCGAGUAUGUUUAAAAAGCAUUUAGUUGAAAGGGUCACUAAUAGCUUGGCAGACUUGGGGAACUUCAUAAGAUUAGCAGAUGAAGGAUUAUUACAGCAGAUACAACCGGGUGACUACCUAGGUCUGGUUAGCGUGAUGGGCUACCUGAUGAAAGUGAAAGAAAGGCAACCAACUACUGAUGAGAUGUUCAUACCACUCCAGGAGACAAUUGAACUUUUAAAAUUUUAUGAUCAAGAUAUUCCAGAAGAAGUGAAUGUCCUUUUGCAAGAAUUGCCAGAGCAGUGGGCUAAUACAAAAAAAUUAGCUCAGAUGGUGAAGCAGCAAGUUGCACCCCUACAAGCAGGUGAAGUCUCAAGAAUUCGAGGACGUAUAUCAGCUUUUGAUACCACCAUAGCCCACUAUCGUGAAGCUUUUCGACGUUACGGUUUUUUUAAAUUCAACUGCGAAAAUCCGUAUGAACAACUGGAUGAAGCUGACAAAGAAAUCUGCAUGUUGGAACGUCAGAUGAAAGAUAUUCAAGAAUCAGCAUCACUUUUUGAAGUUACAGUCCCAGAAUUUAAACAAUUGAAGCAAUGCAGGCGGGAAUUGAAGAUGUUGAAGCAACUCUGGGAUUAUGUAAAUAUAGUUAAAAGCAGUAUUGAAGGUUGGAAGACAACUCCUUGGAGGAAAAUUGAUGUGGAGAACAUGGACAUUGAGUGCAAGAAGUUUGCUAAAGAAAUUAGAGUUUCUUUGGAUAAGGAAAUGAGACCAUGGGACACUUUCGUGUCUUUAGAAUCUACUGUGAAAAAUAUGCUGACUUCUCUAAGGGCAGUAGGUGAGCUACAAAAUCCUGCUAUCAGAGAAAGGCAUUGGAGACAGCUGAUGAACAGUACUAAGGUGCAAUUCGUAAUGGACGAAUCAACAACUUUAGCGGAUCUACUGGAAUUAAAUCUACACGAGUGUGAAGAAGAAGUGAAGAAUAUUGUGGACAAGGCAGUAAAGGAAAUGUCAAUGGAAAAAUAUUUAAGGGAAUUGAAAGUCACUUGGUCGGACAUGGAAUUUGAGAAAGAAAGUCAUACUAGAACAGGAGCUAUACUACUGAGAGCCAGUGAAGAACUCAUCGAGACUUUGGAAGAAAAUCAGCACCCGACCGGUAAUCGGAAGUGCAGUGGUUCGAUUCCCAGGGGAGUGAAGUGA